AUGCCGCCGAAGCCAUCAGCAAAGGGAGCAAAGGAAGCUUCGAAGUCGCACAAGGCUCGCAGUAGUGACAAGAAACGACGUGUGCGGAAGGAGUCUUACUCGGUGUACUGCGUGUUGAAGCAGGUCCAUACUAACACAGGCAUUUCAUCAAAGUCCAUGUCAAUAAUGAAUUCGUUCGUGAACGGCGUUUUCGAACGACUGGCUGCUGAGACGAGUCGUCUGGCGCAUUACAACAAGCGCUCAAGAAUUUCAUCGCAUGAAAUUCAGACCUGCGUGUGA